GGUUCGCUGGGCCGAGGGCGCUUCUCCGCAGGGCGGGCAGCGGCUGCGGGCGGUGGCGGCGGGAGGGAUGGGAGGUGCCGCCGGGGGCUGCCUGCUCCGGCCCGGUCCUGCCCUGCUCACAGCGGGGCCCGGAGGCGGCGGGCGAGGCCCUGCCCGGCCCCUCGGCGUUGGCCGCUGCUCGGUCUCGGCCGGGGAUGUGGCGCCGGCCGCCCCUCGGCCCGGCCCGGCGGAGCUGCCCGGCCCCAGCACGCACGCGGGCGUUUCUGGAAACCACUUUGUUUUUAAUCUGUCCCUUUCCCUCUCCGGUUUGUCCGGGAAGAAGCGGCUCCUGCGGGCUUUCUCCCACUGCAGAGAUUUUAAUGAGCGCUGUCCCCAGUGUUCAGAAGUGAACUGGGGUCUCACUGACGGAGGCAGAUUUUAUUGUAGAUCCUGCCACAACGUUACUGAGAGAUCUAGAGAAGUUGUAAACACUGAUUUUAUUACUAAUUCAAGAGUCCAAACAAUCUCCAAAGGUUCAAGAAAGCAGGAAAAGAAUGAUGGAGGCUGUGAAUGGUAUAUUUGUGAAGGCUUUCAGCUUGUACUCAAGAAACAAGUGGAAGCUUUAGAAGCAUUAGGAGUAUGUCCACAAAUGAAGGAUGAAAUUCUGUGCAAUUUUUGGAGGUGUUACCUUCAGAAGAGCAAACAGGCAUAUUGCAAGAGACCAGCUGGGGAAACUGUCAAAGCAUUAUCAGUAUGUGAGAGCAGUACUGAUGUGGACAGUGAUCCAGAGAGACCCAGCCUUCUGCACUUGCUGUCUCUCUCUGAAAGUGAGGGGGAUCUGCAGACUGACUGCAGCUUUGUCUCAUCAGUGAGCAAAGUCUCAGAAAGCACCUCUGUCUGCUCUGGAUCAGUAGAUGGCAGCUUGUAUUUAAUGAAGAACCAAAAGGAGAAACUGAGGAUGACGAUGCCAAUGACCCUUUCAUUUUGUUACAUGGCAUUACUGUGGGUGAGAGAGCCAAUUACACUGUCUGAGCUCUUAAGGUUUGUUGUUGAAGGGCAUAUUCCAUAUUUGAAUGUUUUCCAGCAUUUUCCGGAGAACAUGAGGUUAUGUGGACUUGAUCUUAAGAUCUUUUGUGUAGAGUCAUGGCCUGUAUAUGAGGAAGUAUUCAACAAAAUGCAUGAGCUUGCAGCAUUUUUAGACCUGCCUCGUUUUCCAGAUAUAACAGAAAGCUGCUUUCUUCAUCCAGACAUGCUGUGCAUGAAGUACUUGAUGGAAGCUAAUUUACCUGAUGAAUUGCAUAAUUGGACUUGUCGAGUGGUGAAAAAGACUGGUAUUGGAGAAGUGGAUUUCCUGACUCUUAUGCCUGGAAAUAAGUCAACAAGAAAAGUAAAAUAUGAUGUUCUUGCUGCAGCAGUUAUUAUAGUUGUGCUCAAAUUAUUGUUUUUAUUAGAUGAUCACUAUGAAUGGUUACUUUCAGGGUUUGCUGAAGAAAGAAAUAAAAAUAACACAGAAGGUGGCCCAUAUUUUGAGUUCAAGAAGUGGUAUGAGGUGGUAAAACAUUCCUUGGAUGUGGAGCAAAAGAAAUUGGAUGAAGAAAGAGCCAAGUAUCUGUGGAGAUGUGAAAAGCCAUUGUUUUAUUCAGUCAAGAAUAAAUCUAAAGUUCUAAAGAGAAGACAAAUGGUUGUGAACUUACAAAAUCAGUUUGGCAAGCUGUCUGGUUCAGUACAACGUGCUGAAAAGCCAAAUCCUUCAAGUUUUCAGUUACGUUGGUCUGAAGAAAACACAGAUGGGAGUUGUUUUCACGGGCAUAGCCUGAAGGGAAUUUUGCAAGAAAAACAUGGUUUACUGACAGCCAUGAACCCUGACUACUGGCUGUGUACAGUUAAACUAUGUAAUGAGAAAUUGUGUGGUCAUCUGGCUCAUUACAGAGAAGUAGAGUUUCCCCAGAGUUACCAUUUUGUACUAGGGUUGUUCUCCUUUCUUCUGAGGAUUCAGCCCUCUUAUAUCCAUGAUGAGGUGUGUAUGAUAGAACACAAACUUUUUAAUAAAAAACUCAGUAAAAAACUAAAAUACAACAGAGUCCUAAGAAAGUAAAAAAGGCCUAAAACACCAGUAUAAACCCCAUGCAAAUUAGUUGGUUGGAUCCCAAACCAUGGUCUUACAUCUAAACUUACACUGAUUCUUUUGUCUCAUGGACAUUUUUUGUUAAGAUAAUAGUGCUGGGAUCUACUACUGUACUUGAGUUUUAGUGUCAUUUUAUCUGAAAUUUAAGUCAUUGAUACUGGGAAAUGAAACUGCCAAGGCAAUUAUUAAUUACCAUUUAUUUCAUUAAUUUGCAUCAGAGCCAACAGGAAGUUGUGAAAUUACCAUUUUUUGGGGUAUAAUUGUACAUAUUUUGAGCGUACUGGACAUGACAUUAGCAUAAUUACAUUGUGAGAUUUUGCAAUUUAAAUACCUAUUUUUUUAUUGCCAUUGUAUGACAGUAAAUAUAUUUCUAGAAAAUAAUGUUUAUUUUGUUUUUAAAUGCUAUGCGAACAAAUAAAAGA